CACGAGCAGGCCAGGCCAGGCGUAGAAAUUGCAGCGUGAAUAUAUUAAAUAUACAACUUAACCACGCCGUCCAUUCACUUCCGUGACUUUCUCGAGCUACGUUGCCCGCAGACCCAGCCAGCAACAAAUUGUACUUCGUUCCAAGUUUUGCAAGAAUCAUGGCAGAUCUGACCCCAGGAAAGUUGCUCAUCGAGGGGAAGACGAAGCAGAUUUUCGAACUGCCGAAACAACCCGGGGCAUGUUUGGUCCAGUCGAAGGACCGAAUUACGGCCGGCGAUGGGGUGCGUGCCCACAAUUUGACGGGCAAAGCGGAAAUUUCAACGGCCACGACGUGCAAAGUUUUCGAACUUUUGAACACCGUCGGACUCAAGACGCAUUACAUCAAGAGGGCGUCGGAAACCGCGUUCGUUUCCAAGAAGUGUGACAUGAUCCCGAUCGAGUGGGUUACCCGGCGCGUCGCUACGGGGUCAUUUCUCAAGAGGAAUAUCGGCGUCAAGGAGGGUUAUCGGUUCAAUCCGCCAAAACUGGAAACUUUUUUCAAGGAUGACGCCAAUCACGACCCCCAAUGGUCGGAAGAAGUUUUGAUCGCGAAUGAGUUGAAAUGCGGCGGGAUCACGAUUGGGAAGGACGAAGUCGACUUUAUGAACAGGACGAGCGUGGCAGUCUUCGAAGUUUUGGAGAAGGCUUGGGCCUCCAUCGACUGUGCCUUGAUCGACAUGAAAAUCGAGUUUGGCGUGGCUGACGGGGAGCUCAUGGUGGCCGACGUGAUUGACUCCGACUCCUGGCGACUCUGGCCAUCCGGGGACAAGCGACUCAUGAAGGACAAGCAGGUCUACCGAGACCUUCAAGUCGUCACGCAGGAGGCGUUGGAUGAGGUCAAAGCCAACUUCAAAUGGAUCGCGGAACGACUCGAUUUGCUUCUCCCGUCUCCAAAAGCAUUGGUCGUCGUCCUGAUGGGCUCUCCUUCUGAUGAAGACCACUGCAAAAAGAUUGUAAAGACGUGUCGCGAUAUGGGGGUCCCUUGUCAAAUGAGGGUGACCUCGGCCCACAAGGGUCCCGAGGAGACGCUCAGCAUCAUCGCGCAGUACGAGGGGACCGGAAUCCCGACCAUUUUCAUUGCCGUGGCCGGUCGUUCGAACGGCUUGGGUCCGGUGACGAGUGGGAACACGGCGUACCCCGUGAUCAACUGUCCCCCCGUCAAGUCUGACACGGCGAUGAGGGAUGUCUGGUCUUCCCUCGACGUUCCAUCCGGCUUGGGCUGUGUCACGGUCAUGUAUCCCGAGGCGGCCGGGUUGGCUGCGGCGCAAAUGUUGGGACUUACCAACCACGUCAUUUGGGCACGUCUUCGUGUCAAGGCGUUGAAUAAUUAUCUCUCCAUUAAAGCUUCAGACAAAAAGAUUAGGGAAUUUUGAAGCAGGAAACUUUGUCUGAAAUUUCUGAGUGGUCUCUUCAUCCUGUCAAAAUAAUUAGGAACUUUUCUUCUCUUCUUUACUCCAUUUUCUGGUUGUGGUAUAUUUCAUCUAUAAAAUUGAAUUGUAUAUGUACCGAAUUGGAAACUGUAAUAAUAAACGAUUACAUACUAUAUACAAAA